CCCGGAAGUUACGCCCCCUCCCCCCGAACAAAGUUCGAACGACUCGAAGCGACGCACAUAUGGCACGAAAAUGUUGCGUCUCGGUUGCGUCAUGCAUUGAGCUUCUUUUCGUGAACACGCGGGGCGACUUGUCUGUCAUCUGUUUCUUCAAACCGCCAAGAACUGACGGACUCACUGAUCGAACGUUACGUACCGACUUGGGAGAGUUUUAGAAGUUUGUGUACGUACGUACCUAGGUAGGCGUUGCCGCCGCCAUGGCCCAGAGCAAGCCCCACACCCCAGGCACGGCCCGGGGCGCCAAACUGGCAGCUCUGCUGGUGGACGAGGGGACUGCGCUUGUCAGGAACAAAUUUGAGGAGGAAGUAAAGAAGAUGAACCCCCCAAGUCUUCGAAAGCAGCUGGGACAACACAAGAGUUACUUUUGUAGGUUGGAAUACUUAAACCCUGGUCAGAGAAAAACACUGUAUCCAGCCCACGGUAACAGUCCAAAUACUACAGAGGGGUUUGACAUAUCACUCUUGAAGCUCUUGUGGAAAGAACUUGUUUUGCAUGAACUCGGCAGAAAUGCAGUCGAACUCAGACGAAUUCAGACGUACUCAGACAAACUAAACAGACUCCGGCGGUUCAGAAACGAGAAUUACGGGCACAUUUCGAGCACGGACUUGUCUGAAGCAGAAUUUGACAGGCUGUGGAAGGAACUGACUGGUAUCCUGGUUGCUCUCGGGGGAGACAGGGACAGGAUUUCAGAAAGACUCAACUCCUGCAUCGACCCAGAGCAGGAGAAAAAACAUUUCGAUCUGCUAGAGAAACUGUACAAGGAAGACAUGGAGGUCAAAGACCUUCUCCUGGCUCAGGCACAGAGUAUGAAGAAAGAAAUUUUGAAUCAGGGAAAGAGUCUGCUGAAAGGACAAGAAACACUCUUGGCCCAAGGAGAGAGCCAGAAAAAAGAACAAGAAGAAGUUUUGGAUCAGGGAAAGGGUCUGCUAAAGGGACAAGAAACACUCUUGAAUCAAGGAGAGAGCCAGAAAAAAGGACAAGGAGAAGUUAUGAAGGGACAAGAAGCAAUCAUGGCCCAAGGAGAGAGCCAGAAGAAAGAAAUUUUGGAUCAAGGCGAAAGCCUAAGGAAAGGACAAGAGGAGAUAAAGAGUCUGUUGGAGGAAGUCCGCGAUGCCCAGAGCCCAGGAGCAAAUUUCGGACAACACGAGGAUUCAAGCUCCAGCACAGGAUUGUCUGACGUGGCUGAUGACGUCAUCACCUGUCUGCAAGACCUGUACCGUACCGAGUAUGCGCAUGUGCGGCCUCUGCCCUGGUGCGAAGACCUCAACCUGCAUCUUGGAGAAAUAUACACUAACCUGCAGCUCCAGCGCAGGGACGGUAAGGGGCAGUUCAAUGACACAGGCAAUAUCGUAAGCUUAGGUGAUAUUUACAAUCCAGGUGAAGACAGUGAAGUUAAGGUUAAAUCAGAAGACAGAAAGAUACGAGUUGAAGGGGACCCCGGUAUUGGGAAGUCGUGCUCUUGUCAGAAACUUGCUUAUGAUUGGUCCUGUGGGAAACUGGAUAGGUUUAAGGUUGUGUUCUUCCUAGAAAUGCGACACUUAGCUGGGAAGGUAAAAGAUGAAAUAUUUGAGCAGCUCCUACCAAAGGAUACAAAAUCAACCCCAGACCAGCUCUGGUCCUACAUCCAACAGAACCAGGAUGAUGUUCUCUUCAUCCUAGACGGUCUAGAUGAGCUCAGUCAGGCAGCAAGGCAAGUCACAGAUGUAGUGGACUUGAUUCAGGGUAAAAUCCUCCGGAACUGCCAUGUCCUGGUGACCUCCAGGCCUUUACAAUGUGUCAAAGACCUGGAAAAAUGUCACCAGUUCUACAAAAUAGUAGGUUAUAGUAAAGAAAAUUCAGAGGAGUUCAUACGCAAAUACUUUUGCGAGUCCCCAGAGUCUGCCUCAAAACUGGUGAAACAGCUUCAACCCGAACAGUUUCUACGUGAAAGCUAUCUGUCACAAAUUGUAGUAAACCCCCUCAACAACUUGCUCAUUUGUGUUGUCUGGGAAGAUAACAAUGACCAGCUUCCCUCUAGCAAAGCUGAAUUGUAUGAAAUGAUUGUACUCUCAGUUACUAAGCGAUUCUGUACAAAGAAAGACCUUCCAGUGGAAGAUGACAAACUUCCUCCUGACAUAGAAGCAGCCUUGCGAGGUCUGGGGAAACUGUCCUGGGUGGGGCUAGAGCAGGAGCAGCUUCAGUUUAACAUAGCUCAGAUUACAAAGAAAUAUGACAAGAACGCCGAUAACAUGUUGAACAUGGGCCUCCUGACUAGAGAUUACUCUUUCUCCAGAAUCAAACGCACCUGCCUCUGCGCCUUCCUGCACAAAACGUUUCAGGAGUACAUGGCUGCCUGGUAUAUCAGUGGCCUGUUCACGGAUGGAAGUAGUAGAGAAGAGGGGUUGAAAUGUCUUCGUGGAUUGUUUGGUUUGAGAAAUGCUAGCGAUAUUGACAGGGAACUGAUUUUAAAUAGUCGCCUUAAAUACAGGGAGGUUCAGGACUGGUUACUUUUGAUCCUGGGUGAGAAUGCAGCCCCGCUGUUUGACAUGUUUGCAGAGGAACUAACCAAAGCUCAAACUGAUGAGGACAGGGACGCUUUGUCGUUUGUGUGCAUCAUAUGGAUUGGGAAAUCCUGUGCAGGUGAUAAAAUGGCAGAGGUUGUAGCACCUUGCCUGUCUCAACACGCAACUAACAAUCUGGGUGAUUUUAGUGAGCGCUAUGAUGUGGGUGAGUUCUUUGAGCGCUAUGAUCACCAUAUAAAUUGGAUUGUUGGAUUGACACACGUACUGACCUGCCAAAAGAAACUCACUGCAAGUAACAAUCCAAGUUUGACUCAGCAUCUAACAGUGGACCUCAGUCAUAUGGGUGUAGGAUCUUCGGAAGAAGAGAAAUUUGACGUGUUUGAGGAAACAUUAUCAGAUUAUGACGCAUUGCGCUCUGUGGCAUUAGUUGAUGCUGCUGGUGGUAGUAGGGCUGCUAUCCACACUUUCUCCCCACUGCGCACAUUCAUACCUCGGUGUGGAACAGGAAGUGUGUCCAUCCAUAUCGACCCUCACUGUUCGUUAUAUCUCAAACUCUUAAGCUCGCUUGAACAGCUUUCCGUGGCACCAAGGGUGGAACAUAUCACAAUUACCUGCGGUGUCACGGGAGACCCCCUCGACGAUACACGUGAUGCAGAUUUCUCAGAAUAUGACGAGUUGUUGGCCCAAAUGAUUGUAAGGCAGAAUUGUCUCCGCUCGUUAAGGCUGGAGAUAGGCGAAUGGUAUCGUUAUAAUCAUGACGUCAGGGGGUUCGGUAGCCUAACAGCUACCCUGCAGCGCAUCUCCCAACAUACAACACUUCAGGAGGUUGAGUUCGAGCUUCCAGUGAACGAUGUGUUGACAGUAUGCGUAGACGCAAAUACCAAUACAAGGUUUGAGGUGGUUGGAAUUGUUAACAACAUGGAGGUGGUAAAGUACAGAAGAUAUGAGAGAUUUGAUGUGGGGCCAAUGGUUCACGAACUCACAGAAUGUAUCAAGAAAAACAAGCUGCUGAAGACGCUAAGGCUCAGAUGGAAAACCCGGGAUAUCCGAAUGAGAACACAUAAAGUUUACCAUGGAGUCUGUAACAGUCGGUCCCUCUCCAGACUGUGUUCUGCGAUCCAGAGAAACCGAACUCUGGAGACGCUGGAGAUUGAGGGGAUGUUGACGUUGUACAAGUCUGACUCUCAGUCAGGAAGACAGGCUAGGAUAAUUGCCAAGUUAUUGAGCAAUAAACCCAGCAACUAUAAGGUGCUCAACAUAACUGUGUUUGCCCACAGGCCCGUGAAUGACUUUGUGACGUUUCCGGCAGCUUGGGUUAGGUACCGCAGCGAUAGAACAGCUGCGGAGCCCCGUGGGCCAUCCACAUAGCAGUAGAGAACACAAACGUCACUCACUUCUCACAGCUAAAGUGCCCUUAACAAAGGUUUCACCAUGGUUAUGUGUGC